UCGGCUCCCGUUCGGCUUCGGCUCGGCUGCAUUCGGCCGGGCUCGGCUCGUGCUCGGCUGCGUUCGGUCUGGCUCGACUGAGGUAGUCCGUUUGUCGGGGGCGGGCCGGGUGGGCAGCCUCGCGCUCACCCUAGCUCUCGGAGCAUCAGUUAGGGUUUGGGGCGAUGGCGUCUCGCGCGGGGCCUCGGGCGGCGGGCACCGACGGCAGCGACUAUCGGCACCGGGAGCGCGUGGCCUCGCACUACCAGAUGAGUGUUACCUUCAAGACUGAGAUUAAGAGGCUGAUCUACAUUCACAUAGGCCUUUGGCUCCUGUUGGCAGCCCAGAUGUGUGUGGGGCAUCUGAAGCUCCUGUCCUAUGAUCAAGUUGCCAUGCCCUACCAGUGGGAAUACCCUUACCUGCUGAGCAUUGUGCCCUCUGGCUUUGGCCUGCUCUCAUUCCCCCGAAACAACAUAAGCUACUUGGUGCUCUCCAUGAUCAGCACGGGGCUCUUCUCCAUUGCCCCUCUCAUCUAUGGCACCAUGGAGAUGUUUCCUGCUGCCCAGCAGCUCUACCUCCACGGCAAAGCCUACCGGGUCAUUUUUGGCAUCUCUGCUGUCUCCAUCAUGUACCUGGUCCUGGUGGUAGCUGUCCAGGUGCAUGCCUGGCAGCUCUAUUACAGUAAGAAACUCCUGGACUCUUGGUUCACCAGUACACAGGAGAAGAAGCGUAAAUGAAGCUUGACACAUGGACUCUGGGCUGUAAUGGGAGAGGGCAGGGGUUGGGGGUGGGGGAGGGGAGACUGGGUCUCAAAUUUAGAGGAAGGGGAGGGUACAGGGACUACUUGUGAAAUAGUCUUCAAGCCACUGGCCUAAGAAGGUUGGCAGCAGGUGCACACUAGGCUGUGUCUACAGAAAACAUUUCCUACCUCCCUCACUUUGUUUGAAAGCCACUGUGACGUAGAACUCUUGGAGUUGGAAGGGGCUCUCUUUGCCAGGACUGGAUGAUCUAAUGCUAUGGCUUAACCUGCUGAGGUUUUGACCCUUCAGGAUGAAUGUCCUCUUCAUCUCCUAUUUACCAUCUCUUUUACUCUUUCCUUCCAUCCCUUCAACCUCUUUCCUACAGCCAUGAAGACAAACAGAGACCAAGCAGAAGCUGGUAAUAAAUCAGGUUCCAUACUUUCUAGGAAGAAAAUAUCGAUAGGUUGUGUUCUCUGAUGCCAAGAAUCAUGACUCAAAAAGAAACUCAAUAAAACUCACCUAUGCCUCGA